AAAAAUCAGAGUUAAAUCAAUCGCUUUGGUGGAUCAAUUUGAAUAGUUUCUGGAAAUUAUUAUCAAAAUCCAGCCCUAUAUGAAACAAAAUGUGAAGAAAUAUAAAAUUACAAAAACUCAGCUGUUGAUAUUCUAGUUCAAGUUGGUCAAAAAAGUGCCUGUUGUAUUUAACAAACUUUUUGCUGAUUCUUUUCCAGAUCAACGUUUGUAGGCGCGUUCUUGCCCCAUUUCUUUCCAGAAACCCGUCAUAAACAGUUGAACAGCGUCCCUCUGUUUGGCCCCCUUUGGCCGGACUGCCAGCUGCUGAAUGGGCUGCAGCCGACCUCCUGUCAUGUGCCAGGAACAGGAUUCCAGAGUGGGCUGGGACUGCCGGGAAGCAGGAGGGCCCCUCUCCUCUUUGUGAGGAUAAAAUGCAUCCAGACUCUGAGCUCCAGCCGUCCUCCAGCUGCAGCGCGGCAUCUCCAGGCGGGGACAGCCCCGGGUGCACCGCACAGCAUCCUCCUGACUCGCUUUCAUCAUCAGAGGACCAGGACAGUGAUCUGAGCGCAGGAGCCGCCUUUGUUCCGACCGUGACUGCAGUCUCCACGUCCCCAGAGCUGGAGCGGAUGGUGCAGCCGACAGCCAUCACGUCUGCAGCUGCAAAAAACAAAGCCCAGGGUGCAAAGCAGACGUCUGCACGGUCCAAAAAGGCAAAGCCUUACAGCAGGAAGGGCCAACGGGAGCAGCCCUCCAAAGAGGAGGAGGAGAGGAGGAGGAUCAGGAGGGAGAGGAACAAGAUUGCUGCAGCAAAGUGUCGCAACAGACGGAGGGAGCUGAUAGACACCCUUCAAGCUGAAACUGAUUCUCUGGAGGAAGAGAAGUCUGCCCUGGAGGGUGAGAUAGCCAGCCUGCUGAAGGAGAAGGAGAGGCUGGAGCAAGUCCUCGCCUCCCACAGUCCAACCUGCAGGCUACCUGGAGAUGCUGACCUGGAGGAGGAUAACUCGAUGCAGGAUCCUCCAGCGUCGCCCCACCUGCUGUCCAUCCUGGACAAACCCCCAGAGAGCAGCACAGAUGUCCCAGCUCCAGACAAUGCUUCCUGCAUCCCUGCUGCAGCCAUUCUGGGCAACUCCAACAUCCUGCUCUGCUCCAGCGCAGAAGAGGACGACCUGGAAGACUUGACAGGAGAAGACCUGGACAACUUGGUGCCCAGCCUGGAGAUGGCAGUGACCUCUGAGACGGCCGUGUCUGUCCCUGACAUUGACCUGAGCGGCCCCUUCAGCCUCCCAGACUGGGAGACGCUGUACAAAUCGGUGGCAAACGACCUUGAGUCUUUCAGCACGUCAGCCAUGUCUUCCAGUCCUUCUUGUAGCAGCUAUCGCACAGUGUUCUCCUUCAAUUACUCGGAGAUUGAAUCCUUGGAUGACGGCUGCGACAGCCUCAAAGGCGGCCUGGCUGCGUCUGAAUUCAUCAAAGAUAGUCUCAACUCUCCAACACUCCUGGCCUUGUGAACAGAAAGAGGCAUAUGCAAUCUUGUAUUUUAACCAGCAGCAAGCUACAUUCUCUCUCAAAUAACCUUUUCUGGUGUGAAAUUUGAUGUGUUGUACACCCAAAGCUUCAGAGACUGUGCAUAGAUGAUGUGUUUCCAGCUGAAUUCUUCCAUAUUGUUGUUCUGAGAUGAGACUUUGUGCCAACAUGCAUGCAAAUACCUACUCUAUUUAAGAUUGUGUUCACAAAAAGAAACUAACCAGUGAUGUGAAGUUAUAUGAUAUAUGUGUAACACUGUUGUAGAAGGUUCUAAUGUAGCAGCAUAGGUGUUACAUCUGGCUGUGAGCUGUCUCCUGACUUGACUUGACAUUUAUUUUCGAAUUUUGCCAUGAAAAAGAAAAAAAUAAACCACCCACAUGUCCUGUAUUUUCUCAAGAUGUAUGUAUUUUUGACAUAGUUUAUUUUUUUACCUCUAUCAAAAAUGAUGCAGGUGCCAAAAAUGCUGGAAUAAACUAUCUGUAAGCUUUUCUUGUCGUCAUCCUCUCAGGAAGACAAACUUGUUUGAAUAAAAGCGUCACACAGCA